AUGCCCAUUGGCCAAGCGGUGGUGUUGGCAUCGCCUUGGAUUUGUCCGACUGAACGAUCGUUUUCAGAACAUUUGCGGAUUUUACAAAUGCAGGGCUAUACUCGGCUUAUGGUGGAUCAAAAACCCACCACCAUAGCCGAUUUACUGGAUUUCGGGUUUGAACCUCAGCCAUCGCAUCAAAUUUGGCUAGUCAUCGAUCGAUUCCACAUUCAACAAGAGGAAUCAUUUUGGCAUCGGGUGGCCGAUUCCAUUCAAACGGCUUUUUUUGAAGGCCAUGGUCAGUGCAUGAUUUGGUCUGAAGAACAAGGAACGCAGGCUUUUGAUCACCGUUUUAGUUUGGAUGGUAUCGAUUUUAUGGAGCCUUCUGUUGGCUUGUUUGGGUUUAACAAUCCUCAAGGGGCUUGUCCCAAAUGCGAAGGAUUUGGAAAAGUAUUGGGGGUUGAUUCCGAUUUGGUUCAUCAAAUUCAGUAUCGGGUGAUGCUAUCCAAAUAUAGAGGCACCACCGUUUGCCCGUCUUGUGAAGGGGGGCGGUUACGUCCUGAAGCGACUUAUGUUCGUGUGGGAGGCUUUACCAUGGCUCAAUGGGUGUCCACGCCUUUGGAGGAUUUACAGCCGAUGAUGGAACAGCUGUCGAUAAGCCCACUGCAGCAAAAAAUUGCCGACCGAUUGCUCAAUGAAAUCACAUCGCGCUUAAAGGCCAUGAACCGUUUGGGAUUGGGAUACCUUACCCUAAAUAGAGGGGCUGGAACGCUUUCUGGGGGCGAGUUUCAACGGAUGAAUUUGGCCACCAGUUUGGGCAGUCCAUUAGUGGGCUCUACCUAUGUGCUGGAUGAACCAAGCAUAGGGCUUCAUUCUAAAGACACCCAAGCAUUGUUGCAGGUUCUAAUAGAACUAAGAGACUUGGGCAAUACGGUGAUGGUGGUUGAACACGAUGAGGAUGUGGUAAAAUUGGCCGAUUGGGUUAUUGAUGUAGGCCCAUUGGCGGGCGUUUAUGGAGGCCAUAUUCAAUAUUCGGGGCCGUAUGAGCAAUUUGAACAGGCCGAUUCAUUGACGGCUCAGUAUAUAAGAGGCUUAGAGCGCAUUGAUCUGCCAACCAUUCGUCGACCAUGGCAGAAGUCUGUUAAUUUGAAUGGGGUGUUCAUUCAUAAUUUAAAAAACAUUCAG